CCCGCUCGCAGGAUUUUCUUUCCUACAGGACUCUUGAAAGGCUUCAUAGAGAGGCAGUGUGUAUAGGGAGGGAGGGAGACAGUGAGAGGGAGAGAGAUGGGGGCUUUGAAUGUGCUGCCAGCCUCCUCGUCCUUGGUGGCUCUUUGCUGCCAUGGAAGCUUGGGCUCUACUUCUUCUUCUUCGUCCUGCACCCAUGGCGACAGGCUUCACUCUGUUCACGUCUCCGCUGUGUCAUCUUCUCUCUUCUCGCAUCACAAGAAGCCCAAGAGCUCUCCCAUCUCGCAUACCCAUCUCCCACGAUCGGGAAUUCUUCCUAGCAGCAGAUCCCCAUGGUCGAGAACCUCUACAACACAUCUCCUGCAGAGGCAAGGCCUGAUAUAUUGCGUCUUCCCUUCAACACCUGCUCAAGUUUCGUCCGUGGAGGACCUCUUCGAUUUCAUAUGCUUGGGCCCUCUUUUGAGCAAGGUGGGUCUGACCAAAGAAAAGGUGGCUGAGUCCAUUGAUAAAUGGCUCGCAUAUGGGUUGCAUCUCUGUCGGCUCUUUCAGGUCAACGAGCUCUGCCUCACGGUUCCUGAGAAAGUUCGGUUUUACCACUACUAUGUACCUGUCUUCUUGUGGUGUGAGGAUCAAAUUGCCAAGCACCAAUCGAAGUUCAAGGACGUAGAGGAUGCGCCUCCUUUAGUGAUUGGUUUUAGUGCACCUCAAGGUUGUGGAAAGACGACUCUUGUGUUUGCGCUCAACUAUCUUUUCCGAGUCACAGGCAGGAAGUCUGCAACAUUAUCGAUAGAUGAUUUCUAUUUGACAGCAGAGAGUCAGGCUAAAGUGAGGGAAGAAAAUCCGGGUAACGCCCUUUUGGAGUUCCGGGGAAAUGCGGGAACUCAUGAUCUCCCUUUUUCAAUUGAAACAUUGACUGGUGUCACUAAAUUGACCAAGGAAGGCAUGAAAAUGAAGCUACCCCGAUAUGAUAAAUCUGCUCAUAAAGGGAGAGGUGAUCGAGCUGACCCAUCAGUAUGGCCUGAAAUAGAAGGCCCACUUACAGUAGUUCUCUUUGAAGGUUGGAUGCUCGGGUUUAAGCCUCAACCAGCAAGUGUUGUCAAAGCUGUCGAUCCUCAGCUAGAGGCGGUAAAUAGAAACCUCGAAGCUUACUAUGAAGCAUGGGAUAAAUUUGUAGAGGCUUGGAUUGUCAUUAAGAUUCAGGACCCAAGCUGCGUCUUUGAAUGGCGUUUACAAGCGGAAGUUGCCAUGAGAAACGAGGGAUUACCCGGGAUGUCGGAUGAGGAGGUUAGAGACUUCGUUUCUCGAUAUCUUCCAGCAUACAAUGCUUACCUUCCAGCCCUCUAUUCCGGAGGACCGAACGGGUCUGAUCCUGAGCGGCUUCUCGUUAUCGAGAUUGAUGAAGGGAGAAACCCAUUUUAGAGAGCUUUGCAGUUAAUCUAGUGUUGCUUAGGAUUUUGUUUCCUUUCAAGGUCCCAAAUUUUCGUUUAUUUGGUUCCCUCAUGAAACGGACCGUACAUGUAAAUUUUUAGUAACCCGUGAAAUAAUAAAUUUCGCUUCUAAGCGGAUCCUUGCAUCGAA